AUGGCUGUCCGUAUGGCUUGGCAUGGCUGUCCGUAUGGCUUGGCAUGGCUGUCCGUAUGGCUUGGCAUGGCUGUCCGUAUGGCUUGGCAUGGCUGUCCGUAUGGCUUGGCAUGGCUGUCCGUAUGGCUUGGCAUGGCUGUCCGUAUGGCUUGGCAUGGCUGUCCGUAUGGCUUGGCAUGGCUGUCCGUAUGGCUUGGCAUGGCUGUCCGUAUGGCUUGGCAUGGCUGUCCGUAUGGCUUGGCAUGGCUGUCCGUAUGGCUUGGCAUGGCUGUCCGUAUGGCUUGGCAUGGCUGUCCGUAUGGCUUGGCAUGGCUGUCCGUAUGGCUUGGCAUGGCUGUCCGUAUGGCUUGGCAUGGCUGUCCGUCCCAUCUCCCUGUCCAAAUGGCUGUCCGUAUGGCUUGGCAUGGCUGUCCGUCCCAUCUCCCUCCUUCCCCUUCCUUUCCCAUUUUCAUCCUGUGCGGAUUAGUGCUAGGCAAGCUAGCCUGCACCAUCGCCUACCGCCGUCCCUCCUCGCUCCCCUCCCCUCCUUCUGCCCGCCACAUCGCCUUCUCCGUCGCCCAGAGCAUCGGCCUCUCCCCCUCUGCUGCCGCCCUCCUCUCGGGCCUCCCCUUUCCGCAACGGGACGGGGGAGAGGAGGGGGCGGCAGGCGGCGAGAAGGUGGUGCCUGGGCGGGGAGUUUUGUCUGCACCUGGGAUGGUUGGGGCGGCAGAGCGGGCGGCGGGGAGGAAAGAGUCGGUGGUGAUGGCAGCAUGUGCGUUUGGAAACUCGCUCACUCUGCCUCUUGUGUUUCUGGCAACGCUGCUGACUCGCGCUGAUGCUGACAGGGCUGCUGGGUACCUCGCACUCUUCAUGGUUGGCGGAUCGACUGCCUUCUGGACCCUAGGUUACAGCAUGUUCAGAGGGGGGAGUAAUGCACAGGAAGAGGGUGACGAGGAGGGGGUAGAGGGGAGUGCAGCAGCAAAGAUGGAAGCAACAGCAGCGGCUGCAGCAGCGAUGGGAAUGACGGGGUUUGAACGUGCUGCAAGCCGUGUGAUGGAGAUGGCAAAGAAAGUGCUCAACCCGCCUAUUUAUGGGGUGCUAGCAGGUCUGCUAAUAGGAGCCACACCACUCGGUCACUUCUUCCUCCCCGCCUCCUCCUCCUCCUCUGCUGCUGCUGCCUCCUCCCUCCCAGCCUCCUCGUGGCUCUUCAGCCCUGCCACUGCUGGCAUCUUGCACGGCCUCAUGGAGGCAGCAGCCAUUCUCGGCAUUGCGAGUGAAGCAGCAGCCACUACACUUUCUUCGUCUGCUUUGUCCUCUGCUUCUUCUGCUUCUUCUCCCUCCUCCUCCGCUGCUGCGCUGCCCUCCUUGCAAGAUGAUAGGGCGCUCUGGGUGGUGUGUGCUGUGCGCCUGCUGCUGCUGCCCAUGCUUGGGACCGUCGCAGUCACGGCACUAUACAACGCCAAGUUGAUUCCCCAAGACCCCAUCUGUGCACUCACUCUCAUGAUCCAAACCGCCAUGCCGUCGGCACAGAAUCUCGUGCUCAUGGCGCAGCUCAGCCCCGCCACCAAGCCUCUGGCGGGAAUGCUGGCCUCACUCAUGCUACGACAGUGUGGAUCACAGUCUCCUCCACCUAACUUCCACCUCUCCCCCUCUCUUGCAUCCCUCCCCUUCUUCCCCUGCAGUAUGCCAUUGCCAUUUCCACUGUAA